AUGGAGCAAGUCGGGAAUCAAACUUUUUUGGAAAGCCUAAACCAGAUCACUUGGACGGAAGACGAAAAUACUAGCGAAGAUAGAAAAGUAGAAAAAUCAAAAGAGAUAGCUAAGAACAAUGAAACUUCUACUCAUUCGCCUUGGGAAACGCUGUCUUAUCAAUAUCCGCUAGAGAAAAGGAUCGAAAUCUUCUUUUUAAAAAUAGUUUGUUACAUCGAUAUUGUUAUUAAUAAUAAUGAUCCCCUAAAGUGCUAUUCUUCGUUCUACAGUACCCCAUACGAACCAUACCCCGGAUAUUUCUACGCAGAUGAAUGGGUAAAGCAAGAUGCGUUUUUCGACGAGAUGGACGGAGAUUUUGUUAUUGACUACUCUGCACCAGAAUAUCAAAAUCAAAUUUCCGAUAUGUCGCUUGACGAUUCUCUGAACGAGCCUAGCUAG